AUGGCUCCUGUCGCUAAGAAUGACCUAUACAGCGAGAGUGACGUGUUGGAGAUUUUCAAGCUCCCUUCUAGGCCACGUGGAGGCGGUGAAGUUGUGGUGAAUCUCGAGAGGAUCGCCAAUACGCUCAUGUCGCAUCUGUUGACCAGAGACCUCCUACUCCGCGAACGACGUAUCCACUCCGACCGCAGGAUCUGA